AAAAGGGGUUAAAGGGCGGAGCUGAGAAGUAAGCGAGUGAGUGAGCGAGCGAGCCAGUUGUUUGUGUUUUUGCAGGGAUGGAGGUAACAAGGAAAAAUUUUAAAGAGAGUUUAGACACGAUUUACAGCGCAAUUGAAGAAGCUGAUUUUCUAGCAAUAGACGGAGAAUUUUCAGGCAUUAGUGAUGGUCCUUCAGUUAGCACAUUAACAAAUGGCCUGGACACACCAGAAGAACGGUAUCAUAAGCUAAGAAAGCAUUCCAUGGACUUUCUGCUUUUUCAGUUUGGUCUUUGUACAUUUAAAUAUGACCACACAGAAGUCAAAUACAUUAUGAAAUCAUUUAAUUUUUAUGUUUUCCCAAAGCCAUUUAAUAAAAAUUCUCCAGAUGUAAAAUUUGUUUGUCAGAGUUCAAGCAUAGAUUUUUUGGCAAGCCAAGGAUUUGACUUCAACAAAGUGUUCUGUAUUGGAAUCCCAUACUUAAACCAAGAAGAAGAGAGGCUAGUGCGAGAACAAUAUGAUGAAAGGCGGUCUCAGUCAAAUGGUGUUGGAACACCAUCCUUUAUCUCCCCUAAUUCAAGCAAGGGGCCAGUUAUUGUACCAGAGGAGCACAAAGUCUUUAUAGAGAAAGUAAUCGAGAAGGUUGAAGACUUGCUGCAUACAGAAAAAAACAGUGUACAUUUGGAGCCCUGUACUGCAUUUCAGAGGAAGUUAAUUUAUCAGACUUUGAACUGGAAAUACCCCAAAGGCGUUCACGUGGAAACUGUGGAGACCAAGCAGAAAGAGAGAUCCAUCUUAGUCAGUAAAGUGGAUGAAGAGGAAAGAAAAAAGAGGGAGAAGGAAAAACAAGAAAAAGAACAGGAAGAACUUAAUGAUUCAGUGGGGUUUUCUAGGGUUGUACAUGCAAUAUCCAAGUCGGGUAAGCUUGUUGUGGGUCAUAAUAUGCUGUUGGAUGUAAUGCAUACUAUCAACCAGUUUUACUGUCCUCUGCCAGAGGAUCUGAAUGAAUUUAAAGAAGUCACAACUUGUGUGUUUCCCAGACUUUUGGACACAAAACUAAUGGCAUCGACACAUCCAUUUAAGGAGCUUAUUAACAACACCUCACUUGCAGAACUGGAAAAGAGAUUAAAAGAAACACCAUUUAUUUCCCCUAAAGUUGAAAGUGCAGAAGGAUUCCCAAGUUACAACACUGCUUCUGAGCAACUUCAUGAGGCAGGCUAUGAUGCUUAUAUAACUGGACUUUGUUUCAUCUCCAUGGCCAACUUUUUAGGUACAUUUCUCAGUCCUCCAAAGCAACAUAUUUCAGCGCGAUCAAAGCUUAUUGAACCCUUUUUUAACAAAUUGUUCCUCAUGAGAGUCAUAGAUAUCCCUUAUCUCAACUUAAGUGGACCUGACUUGCAGCCAAAAAGGGAUCAUGUCUUGUAUGUCACAUUUCCCAAAGAAUGGAAGACCAGUGACCUAUAUCAGCUUUUUAGUGCUUAUGGUAAUAUCCAAGUAUCAUGGAUUGACGAUACGUCUGCAUUUGUGUCCCUAAGCCAGGCAGAUCAGGUGCAAAUUGCUGUCAACACCAGUCGUUACGCAGAAAGCUAUCGGAUUCAGACCUAUGCAGAGUAUGUUGAAACACGAAUGGAGGAAAAACGGGCAAAAAGAAAAUGGUCAGAGGACAGCUGGAAAGAAGUGGAGAGGAAGAGGUUAAAAGUACAGUAUGCUGCUUCAUUGUCCACUUCACCAAGCUAUGGCUUCCCUAGAAAAGGCACUCCAGGAAAGAGAGCAUGAGUCCCAUCCAGGAAGAGCAGGUCUCUGAUGAAAUGGAAGAAGGAGAGAUCCAAGGUAGUGAUGAAAGUGGUGCCAGUAAUUGGACAAGCACUUCACCAGCCCACACCAAAAGCACAAGGAAACACAAGAAACUCAAAACUGAAGCAGUUACGUCAUCUGAAUUAUUUGAAGUCCCACAAGUCUGGUAAUGUGACAGCUAUGCUGCAAAUGCAAACUUUGUGAUAAAGGUUUAGCAGCAUUUCUAAAGCCAUAAAAAAUACCUGUGUUGCCGAAAUGGUAAUUGUGGCCCAUGGCUAGCCAUUAUGUUCUCAUUGUUUUUUUCUUUCUGUUUUUGAAGAAUAUGUACAUUUAAGAAAUUGGUAUAUAUUCCUUUCCAAUUGUAUGCAACUACUCCAACAGUGCUGAUCAAAAAAGUGAAUAAAUAAAUUGAAUCCUUGGAAGACUGUUUAAUAACAGGUGCAGCUGGUGUUGAAUUCUUAAUUUAUGCAAGAAAAUCAGUACUGCUGUGUAUUGUAAAAAUACUUUUAUGGCUUCACUUUGUUUGUUAAAUUUAUUUUAAAUUUUAAUUUUCUCUGUACACUCUUGGCAAAAUUGUAAAAAUGCCACUAUAGUAUAUGCUGUCAUAGGUUAAAGUAAUCUGGUUCACAACCAGUCGAUUUCUUAGAAUAUUUUCCACCUGUAACUUUUUUUUUUAACCAACAUUGUGUGUUGAAAGAAAAAAAAAUGACCAUCUUGACACUCAUAAUUUAUCUUUUUCCCCACAUUAUUCCUAACUACAUUUUGAAAGAAGCUCACUGAAGUGUGUCUGCUAUUUAAAUGUAAUGUCUUUCUGUGGUCAUUUUUGACAAUUGUAUGUUUGUUUUCUAAGUUUAAUAUUGUAAUGAACUUCUCACUGGUACCAUCCUCAGCCAAUUAAAGCAAUGUUUGCCAGGUGAAAGUAAUGUAAAUGUUCAACAAUUAUGGUGAAAGCUUUAUAUGAUAAUGUAAGCUUUUUGUAUCAUACCAAUUAAAAUGAAUUCCUGUAAGUCAUGAUUUGGGUUGGUGGGGAAUUAAAUGCUUUUUCUUACUA